AUGGACUUGAUGAGCUUUUAUGCAAUGCCCCCACCGGUUAGGCGGCAUCAAGAGGAAGUGAACUACAUUGGUGAAAACUUCGUGUAUCCUGGCCAGAACGUCUAUCAAGGAGCUCAAUACCAGCCUAAGCAACAAGUCUAUCCUAAGGGAAUCUAUCAGGUGGAGCAGCCCUUCACUUUCCCUCAAGCUGUUGCACCGGCUCAACAAGAAGAGAAGUUAGAUGUGGUCUUGGAAAGAUAUAUGGAGGAGCAAAGGCAAACCACCCAGAGCCUCUAUGAGAAGCUAGAUCGUGUCUUCACUGAUAUUUGCAGCAAGUUUGGAUCUCUCUCCUCUCAUGUCCAGAACUUGGGGAUUCAAAUAGUCCAAACCGCGGAAGCCGUAGAGAAACAAAAUGAGGUAAACCCUACAACAUUUUGUAGCAUUGUCUCACCUAAGGAAGACCAGCUCGUACCUAUACCUACACCAUCUCAAGAAGGAGAAGAAGAAGCUGAGCCUAAGGAGAGCCAAAAACCGGAGAGGUUUCCAUGGGAGUCAAAGAGAGCAUACAAGAGAAGGCUUGUGAACAAGCCAUUGCCAAAGCUAGAAGAUCCGGGGAAGUUUGUGAUUCCUGUUUCUAUCAAUGGGUGUGAAAUCAAUGACUGCCUAUGUGACACUGGAGCUGUUGUGAAUCUCAUGUCUUAUGCAUUAGCAAGAGAUUUGGGAUUCAAAUAUUUUAAAGAUCCUAGGCAAAGAUGGAGUUCGCGGAGCUGUCAUGUGUGGAGCCCUAUGGAGUUUUAG